ACCGGCUGUGCCGGUGAGCUCCCGACUGCUGCUGUGCAGCCGCUGUAUGAGCGCAGGAAAUCGGAGUAGACCAGGGGAGCCUUUUGGUUUAAGGACUUGUGUGAAAUGGUUUUCAUGUGCUGAACUCCUUGGAUUGCUUCACUUCUGCACGUUGAGAACUUUGUAAAAAGCAGGAAGUCAAGAUGAAGAGCAGGGUGACACAAGUAAAUCAUGGUUCCAGUCAUGAAAGGAAGGAAAACUACAGUUCCCGACGUGAAAGUUUGUCUCCAGAGGACAGAGAUAUGGAGCGUGAUAGGUCUCGGUCUCCAUCUCCCAGGAAGAGGAGAUACUCUGAUGACAGCAGAUAUGAUGAGGAAUAUUCAAGACGAGACUACUAUGAUGACAGAACUUCAGAUGGAAGAAGGAUGGAAAGGGGGAGAGAUAGACACUAUGAGAGAUGGGAGGACAGAGAAUAUGAUCGGAGGAAGCAGAGAAGAUACUCAUCACCUGACCGUAGGAGUCCAGAGAGGUCAACAGGCCAGAGCUCACUUGCUCAUGAAGAGACCACCUCAAAGAAGAAGAAAGAAGAAGUGGAUCCAAUCCUCACACGCACAGGUGGUGCAUAUAUUCCACCUGCCAAGCUCAGGAUGAUGCAAGAGCAAAUCACUGAUAAAAAUAGCUUGGCAUACCAGAGGAUGAGUUGGGAAGCUUUGAAGAAGUCAAUCAAUGGUCUUGUCAAUAAAGUGAAUGUUUCGAAUAUAGAAAACAUCAUUCAUGAGCUCCUUCAGGAGAAUAUUGUUCGGGGAAGGGGAUUGCUGUCCAGAUCCAUUUUGCAAGCUCAGAGCGCCUCUCCGAUUUUUACUCACGUUUAUGCAGCUCUUGUGGCAAUUAUCAAUUCAAAGUUUCCAAAUAUUGGUGAAUUGAUCCUCAAGAGGCUGAUACUGAAUUUUCGUAAAGGGUAUCGCAGAAAUGACAAGCAACUCUGUCUAACAUCUUCAAAAUUUGUUGCACAUUUGAUGAAUCAGAAUGUGGCUCAUGAGGUUUUAUGUUUGGAAAUGCUCACUUUGCUUCUUGAAAGGCCUACUGAUGACAGUAUUGAAGUAGCAAUUGGAUUUAUUAAAGAGAGUGGGCUCAAAUUAACAGAAGUUUCUCCUAGAGGUAUUAAUGCAAUCUUUGAUCGCCUUCGACACAUUCUGCAUGAAUCUAAAAUCGAUAUGCGUGUUCAGUACAUGAUAGAAGUCAUGUUUGCUGUACGGAAAGAUGGCUUCAAGGAUCAUCCAAUCAUUCCAGAGGGACUAGAUCUAGUGGAAGAGGAGGAUCAGUUUACUCAUAUGUUGCCACUGGAAGAUGACUACAACCCAGAGGAUGUUCUUAAUGUUUUCAAGAUGGAUCCGAACUUUAUGGAAAAUGAGGAGAAAUACAAAAUGCUGAAGAAAGAAAUUCUUGAUGAAGGUGACACUGAAUCUGAAGGAAAUCAAGAAGCUGGAAGUAGUGAAGAAGAUGAAGAUGAUGAUGAAGAGGAGGAUGAAGAUGGUCAGAAAGUUACUGUCCAUGACAAAACAGAAAUUAACCUGGUCUCCUUCCGUCGUACAAUUUAUCUGGCUAUUCAGUCAAGCUUAGACUUUGAAGAAUGUGCUCACAAACUGCUGAAGAUGGACUUCCCUGAAAGUCAGACUAAAGAACUCUGCAAUAUGAUACUUGACUGCUGUGCUCAGCAAAGAACAUACGAGAAAUUCUUCGGGUUACUGGCUGGGCGUUUCUGCAUGUUAAAGAAAGAAUAUAUGGAAUCCUUUGAAGCCAUUUUCAAGGAACAGUACGAUACCAUUCAUCGUUUGGAAACGAACAAACUGAGGAAUGUGGCCAAGAUGUUUGCUCAUCUCCUGUACACGGAUUCAAUUCCUUGGAGUGUCCUUGAAUGUAUUAUACUGAGUGAAGAAACUACCACAUCCUCCAGUAGAAUUUUUGUCAAAAUAUUCUUUCAGGAACUCAGUGAAUAUAUGGGACUUCCUAAUUUAAAUGCAAGAUUAAAAGAUGAGACACUGCAGCCUUUCUUUGAGGGAUUAUUGCCUCGGGAUAACCCAAGAAACACUCGCUUUGCCAUCAAUUUCUUCACUUCUAUCGGCCUUGGAGGACUAACGGAUGAAUUACGGGAACAUCUUAAAAAUGCACCAAAGUUGAUUAUGACACAGAAGCAAAAUGUUGAGUCAUCAGAUUCCUCUUCAUCUUCAGACACAGACUCUUCCUCAGAUUCUGAUUCUGACAGCAGCAGUAGUAGUUCAGAGUCAUCCAGCAGCAGUGACUCCUCAUCCAGCAGUGACAGCAGCAGCGACUCAGAUGUUUCUAAAGCCAAAAGAAAGAGAAUGCAAAAGAAAAAUAGAGAAUCUGUUAAAGUUUCCAGGAAAAAACAAGAAAGGAGAAGGAAAUCGCUUGAAAAGAAAAUUGGAAGGAGGCAGCAAGAGGAAAGAAGCGAUACCGAGAGCAAAUCAGAAAGAAACCACCGACAUUUGAGAGACUCACACAGGAGAGAUGAUGUUUCAAAAUACCACCACAGAGAUGAGUCCAACGGCAGAGAUGGUUACCACAGCGGAAAGGAUAGGAACCAUGAAAGAAGUAAGGAUCCAGAAAAUAAACACAGUAAUUCAAAACUGAAGAAAGCAGAAAGAAGAGCUUCUGUGUCUGAUGAUGAACAUUACAGACACUGGAGCAAAGACGACGGACACCGCAGUAGGAAAAGAGAGAGAUCAAAAUCCCGAGAGAGGGAGCGUGGCCACUGCAGCCCGAGGCAGGAGGAGCAGGAGGAGCGCUCCCGGAACGGUUCGGAGAGGCAGCGGGACAAGCACAGCCGUUACCCCGAGCAGCACCGGGAGUCCCGCAGGAGCGACGACAGGCGCAGGGACAGCUCCCCGCACCGGCGGAAAUAGAGCCCAGCCGCCGUUCGCAAUCAAUUCCGAGCUGUUAGAACUGGAUUGUAGAAGCUAUUACUGAAGUUUCUUUCAAAAAAAGAGAUUUUGUACAAAGCAAUCGUUUGCGUUUGUAAAUUUUACCAGACUUUUUUCAAAUUUUCAGUACCACUUUUUUAUAACUGUUUCUCAUGGAGUCUUUCUGUUAUGUUCUUUGUUUGGAAAGACAAAGGUCUUUAUUUUGUGAAUAAAACAGUAAGAUACCAGCAAA